GCUGCGUGUGCGGAGCUGUCCACUCCGCUGUGGUGCUGAAGGCAGGAUAACAGUGUACACUUUAACCGAGGGAACAUAUCUCUACGAUCGGAAUACGUCCAUCUGGCUGCUAACUUCACUUACGGAUUUGUGCAUGACAAGGACUUCGUGUUGAAAAAGGAAACAGGGUUCACACACACACACACACACACACACACACACACACACACACACACACACACACACACACACACAUACAUCCCGCAUCAGCUGCACACUCUUUUUUCCCCCUGAUUCCGUCCGAUGACCUGUACUCAGACACACAGGAAAGAGCCAAUGAGAGGCUCCGGAAGUUACUGGAUGGCCAUCCUGCUCUUCAGCAGCGUCCUCACUGCAGACGCUCGGCCCAGCAUGGAUACACUCACUCCUCUGGACUAUCGACCGCUUGUUAGAUUCCGACACAAGCAGGAUGGGAUCCCGGAGAGUUUGCAGAUUAAGGGCUUGACUGGUCAUAACACCUUCCAAAACGCCUGUGAUCAUAAGUACUGUGGACUUGGGAAGCACUGCGUGGUGGACCAUGUGACCGGUCAGGGAGCGUGCCAGUGUCUGGAGCACUGCAAGCCGCACUACAAACCUGUAUGUGGAUCUAAUGGGAAACUCUACCAGAACCACUGUGAACUGCACCGAGCCUCGUGUCUGGCCCGUCAAAGAAUCACCAUUGUACACAGCGAAGAAUGCUUCUACAAAGAUGAUAACUGCCGUCUCUUCGAUUACAAGAAACUGAAGAGCAAGGUGUUGAACCUACAUGCUCUUCGCUUCAUACCACCAGAAGCCCAGGACAGCUAUGAGAAGAACAUGGCAUCCAGGAAGCAUGUAGUGGAUCUGAUGUACAAGCGCUUCGAUGCUGAUGGGAAUGGACAAGUGGACAGCAGCGAGCUUUCACAGGUCAUCAAACAAGAAGGUUUGAGAAACUCAGCGUCAGAGUGCACACUGUUCGACCUGCUCAAAUACAACGAUAUGGACGACGACGAGCACCUGACCAAGGAUGAGUUCUAUUCGGCUUUUGACGUGUAUGAGCUGAGCCUCGCUGAGGAGCAGAAGCUGAUCGUCACCACAGUCACUGUGGGUCAGAGCGUCGUGCUGACGUGCACCAUCACGGGUGAGAGACGACCACCGAUCAUCUGGAGACGCAAUAACCACACGCUCAACACGCUACAGCUGGAGGAUAUCAGUAUCCCUCCACAGGAUUUUGGAGACGAUGGAAGUCUGUACAUCACAAAGGUGACCACCACUCACAUGGGGAACUACACCUGCCAUGCUGAUGGAUAUGAGCAGCUUUUCCAGACACACACCUUGCAGGUGAAUGUUCCUCCUGUUAUCCGUGUGUAUCCAGAGAGUCAGGCACGUGAACCCGGAGUCACGGCCAGUCUGAGGUGUCACGCAGAGGGGAUUCCUGAUCCACAGCUGUCCUGGCUGAAGAACGGCAUGGACAUUUCUACUAAACUGUCCAAACAGCUCACACUACAAGCUAAUGGGAGCGAAGUGCACAUCAGUAACGUUCACUUCGAGGACACCGGAGCGUACUCCUGCACCGCUCGUAACGAAGCCGGUGUGGACGAGGACAUCUCAUCUCUGUUUGUAGAUGAUUCUGCACGCAAGUCACUGGCAAACAUUCUGUGGAGAGAGGAAGGUCUGGGGAUUGGGAACAUGUUUUAUGUUUUUUAUGAGGACGGCAUCAAAGUGAUCCAGCCAGUGGCCUGUGAGAUCCAGAGACACAUCAAACCCAGCGAGAAGCUCCUCAGCCUGCAGGAGGAAGUUUGCCCGAAAAUAGAAGGAGAAGAGAAGCAGGAGUGUGUUUGGGCUUCCGCCGUGAACGUGAAGGAUAAGUUUAUAUACGUCAGCCAGCCGAUGUUGAACAGAGUGCUCAUCGUAGAUAUCCAAACCCAGAAGGCCGUUCAGACUGUGAGCACAGACCGAGUCCCAGUGAAGCUUCAUUAUGAUAAAUCACAUGACCAAGUGUGGGUUCUAAGCUGGGGGGAUCUCGAGAAGAACUUCCCGACACUACAGGUGAUCAAGCAGGCUAGUGGUGAUAUGUCCCACCACACCAUCCACACCCCACCCGUCGGACACCGCUUUGACCGUGUGGACGACUUCUUUAUUCCUCCGUCAAGCCUAAUCAUUAACCAUAUCAGGUUUGGAAUGGUCCUCCAUAAGAAGGAAGCAGCACUGCAUAAGAUAGACCUGGAGACCACCUCUUAUGUGAAGAACAUCAGCUUGCAGGAGUAUGACUGCAUUCCACAGUCCCUGGCCUACACCCACUUGGGGGGUUACUACUUUAUCAACUGCCAUCCAGAUUCAACCGGUGCCGUGCGUCCUCAGCUUAUCGUUGAUAGUGUAACCGACAAUGUCAUUGGGCCUAAUGGUGAUGUUAGCGGUACUCCUUACGUCUCACCUGAUGGCCACUACUUAGUGAGCGUAGACGACCAGAACGGCAUCAUGCGCCUGCAGUCCAUUUCAGUGCGCGGUGAAAUCGGGCAACCCUUCGACAUCCACACCAACCUGCACCUCUCAGACCUGGCCUUUAUGCCCUCGUUCACUGAGAUCCACCAGUACAAUGUGUUCGGCAGCUCGGGCCAACAGACAGAUGCCCUGUAUGUAGAGCUCAGCACUGGCAAUGUCAAAAUGAUCAAGAGCCUGAAGCUGCCCACACCAUGGAGUCAGUGGCGCUGGAACCGCAAGAAUCGCGUUAUGACCUCGAGCGGCCUUUUCGGACAGUACCUCAUGACCCCUUCCCAGAGUUCGCUGUUCAUUCUGGACGGAUGGCUGGACAAGCUCAACUGCGAAAUCACUGAUGUGCCCAAGGGAAACACUGUGGUGUGGGUGGGGGAGGCCUAGGCCAUCAUUUGUUGUCAAAACAAAUACAAUUGCACUGAAUUUGGUCUGUGUUUAAUUUAUUGAGAGAGAAUCUCAAGUAAUAUGAAAAAAUACCAAAUUGACUGUUCUAAAACACUGUAUCGGAUAAGGGAACUUUAUUCAAAAGUAGAGUGGCAUAUGCUUGUUUUUGUACGCACUGGGUAUGUGAAAUAGCUCACUACUAGUUACUCCUUAAUUAGAUCAAAUUAGCCCUAGCAUCUAAAGGAAUUUAUUACAAGAGCAUUUCAUUUUCAGGCACAAGGAUAUCUAUGAAUAUAUUCACCAAAUCGAUUUGAAUUAUAGCAAAGUCAUUAUAUUUCUUGGAAAAAAAUUUACAUCGAGGCAAAUAACUGUUUAUUCUAACCACUUUAAUACUAUUUUCUCUUCCUACCCCACCCUCUAGUCCUGUCCUUAAAACACAAUCACAUGCAUGUUUGGGCCCACAGUAUUUCCUGUGCCUUGUAUUCAUGCAAAUAGAAAAAAGAAAAAAAAAACGAAAAUAACUGCUCCCUUUCAGACAGUGGAUAACAGCCUCCGUGAAUUUCCUGCAUAGAGAGAUAAAGGCCAAUAACACUUAAGUUCCAUUUCAAACCUUUAAACCCCUCAGCUUUUUUACCUAAUUAAAAUGGCCACUCGCUGCGAGACGACAAAUCCGAGACGUCCAUUAUAAAAUCAGCACGACAGAUUUAAAUCUUUAAACGAAGAUUUUUGGACAUCAUAGGGACUCUGUGAAGAAUGUGCAACUUCAGGUUUUAAGCUACAUCACGGCCCAUUUUGGAUUUAAAGAGGCGCAAGGAAAUCCCUCAAUGCUAGUUAGGCUGGUGGAUCGUUUAUUUAUAUUACUGGCAGAUAGAUGAUUAUUUCUUGAAGAAUGUAUUUGCUGAGUUUAAGGGGGACAGGCAAAGAAAAUAACAGCUGUUUUGCAAACCGGGGCUUUGGAGUCAAUUCUACAGUGUGUAAUUUGGUGUAGUGUGUUUGGUUAGACGGGUGCAUAUAAAUGUAGAUUUGACAGAUUUAACAGUUCCUCGGGAUGAGCAGAUAAACCUCCUUAGUGUAGUGAACAGGAAGGAAGCACAAAGACGUGUGCACAUGAUGUUGAAUUUUCUCCUCGAUGGCCAGAGUCUAUGCAUUUUCACUGACACUCAAACCAGGAGGUUGUGCUUGGCUUGAGCUUUCGUCACUUUGUUGCGUUUAUUCUACACGUGCUUGAGUAAUUGGACUUUUUUUCCCCUGUGAAUUUUAGCUUGAAUCUUUUUUUUUUUUCCCCCCCUCGAUUUUUGGUUUAAUUGCGUCUUCACACUUGGGCUGAAUGGAUUUCGCAGUUCCAUCCAUCACUUUUGUGCGCGCAGGUUUGCAAAAUGGUAGGCACUACAGUAGGUUCAUCUGGUUGCUGUUUCGUUUUUAGUAUUUUUCCUUUGGUAUCUACAGUUAAGCAGCAAAGAACAGCGCUUUUUGGCUGCAUGGCAUGUUGUCGUGUAGGAAUACCUGUAAACGAGGAGCCAUUUUCAAAAACAACCCUUUCCUGGCCAUCACCAAACUUGCAACAGGAAAUGACGCGACAAGUUGAACCAGGUUACCCGGCAUGCGUCGGGAGUCGACAGUGGUUAGCUUCCGUACCUGAUGUGGACCACACCACAGUUUGGUGGAAAUGUGAGAACGACCUAAAAGAAUACCAGGCCACUCUUUUAAUCGAAUUUUUUAUUGUACACCAACAGAUUCCUCUCUGUGACUUAGUUUUUGCGAUCUGUACAUAGCAGAAUGGUGUAUGUGCUGUAGUUUCCCUCAAAGCAUCCUUAUACGCUUCAGAUAACUGAACUCCCCUCUCAUCUUUUUUUUUUUUUUUUUUUUAAAAAAAAACAA